ACCCACAGCUCAGUUGAAAGUUGAAACGGGAAACAUGGGUAACUGUAGCGGCUUACCCUCUGACCAAUCUGGCCAGUCCACGUCAUCAUCAUCACAACCAACACCGUCGCCGUCCAAGGGCAUCACCGUCCUCCCCCCCGACCAACCUCCCCCUCCCCGCCCACUCUCGGGCAUCGGCCGUGUCCUUAACCGCCCCAUGGAAGACAUCAGCUCCACCUACAUUUUCGGCCGGGAGCUAGGCCGGGGACAGUUUGGGGUCACCUAUCUCGUCACUCACAAGACCACCGGCGAACAGUUCGCGUGUAAGUCAAUUGCCAAGAGGAAGCUGUUGAACAAGGACGACGUUGACGACGUCCGCCGCGAGGUUCAGAUCAUGCAUCAUCUCACCGGUCACCGGAAUAUAGUCGAGCUCAAAGGCGCGUUCGAGGAUCGGCAUAAUGUUAACCUAAUCAUGGAAUUGUGCGCCGGUGGCGAGCUGUUUGAUAGGAUUAUUACCAAAGGGCAUUAUUCGGAGCGUGCUGCGGCGGCGCUGUGCCGGCAGAUGGUUACGGUGGUGCAUUAUUGUCACUCUAUGGGAGUUAUGCAUAGAGACUUGAAGCCUGAGAAUUUUUUAUUUUUGAGCUCUGAUGAGGACUCGCCGUUGAAGGCUACUGAUUUCGGCUUGUCAGUCUUCUACAAGCCAGGAGAUGCAUUCAAAGACCUUGUGGGAAGUGCAUACUAUGUGGCCCCAGAGGUCUUGCGGAGAAAUUAUGGAGCUGAAGCUGAUAUUUGGAGUGCUGGAGUGAUACUUUAUAUUCUACUAAGUGGUGUCCCACCUUUUUGGGGAGAAAAUGAGCAGGGUAUUUUUGAUGCCAUUCUGCGGGGUCAUCUUGAUUUUUCAUCAGAACCUUGGCCAUCAAUAUCUAGUAGUGCGAAGGACCUUGUCAAAAAGAUGCUGAGAGCAGAUCCUAAAGAAAGGCUUUCUGCAGUUCAAGUUUUAAACCAUCCAUGGAUGAGAGAAGACGGUGACGCAUCUGAUAAGCCUCUCGACAUUGCUGUUUUGACUAGGAUGAAGCAGUUCCGUGCUAUGAACAAGCUCAAGAAAGUAGCCCUCAAGGUAAUUGCAGAAAAUCUAUCAGAAGAAGAAAUUAUUGGUUUGAAGGAGAUGUUCAAAUCCAUGGAUACAGAUAAUAGUGGGACAAUUACUUUUGAAGAGUUGAAGGCUGGCCUUCCAAAGCUUGGCACCAAGCUUUCUGAGUCCGAAGUGAGGCAGCUCAUGGAAGCAGCUGAUGUGGAUGGAAAUGGAACAAUUGAUUACAUUGAGUUCAUAACUGCCACGAUGCACAUGAACCGAGUAGAAAGAGAAGACCACCUGUACAGAGCCUUUGAAUAUUUUGACAAAGAUAAGAGCGGGUACAUCACGAUGGAAGAAUUGGAGCAUGCCCUAAAAGAGUAUAAUAUGGGUGAUGAGAAAACAAUAAAGGAGAUCAUUGCAGAGGUUGACACAGAUCAUGAUGGAAGAAUUAACUAUGAUGAGUUCGUUGCCAUGAUGAGGAAAGGCCAGCCAGAGAUGCCCCAAAAUAGACGUCGGAAAUAAGCCUAAAGAAGGAUUUUUCAUGCCUUUCCAUUCCUUUAAGAGGUUGGGCUCAACGGUUAAUGAUGUAAAUGAUUAAGACCUCGUGUUGCGAAAUAUGUUGCUCCUGAUUUUUCUUAGUACGUGGAUGUGGGAAGAACUUGAUUUCCAGGAUUGGAUGGCCUGUAGGCUGUUGCAUGUCAACUGAGGCAUUGAGCUUUGCCAUCACGUGCUGUGCAUAUUUUUGAUUGUUGAGGUGGCUAGCAGACUCAUCAGGCCAAGUACUAGAGAUAUACAACAGGAUACGGAUAUCGAUGAUAUCGUGCAUGUUUUUGGAUUAUGGUCGACCAGAGAACAAUUUUUGGGGUCAGUCUGAUCUGAGCUCUUUUUCCUGAAGUCUGUGUGGCAACAAGCUACACAAUCUUUUCUUUUGGUA